GAUGAAGAGACGGGGGCUCCAAGCAACUGAGUGACUAGCCCAAAGACAGCACGGGUGCCAUCGGUGGCAUGCCUAAACCCAAAGCUGGAAGAGGAAUAAAUUACAAGCAGUCAAGCCUGCAUCCUUUUGAGUCCAGAACUUGGAAGUGAACUGGAAGGGUUCUCUGGCCCCCAUCCAGCCAAGCACCAUGGAGAGAAUCAGCUCCUUCUUGAACACUAUUUGGGAUACCAUCUCGACCAAACACCAAGAGGGCAUAUUCAACACCAUCUGCCUGGGGGUCAUCCUGGGGCUGCCCAUCUUGGUGAUUAUCACACUCCUCUUCAUCUGCUGCCAUUGCUGCUGGAGCCGACAGGGCAAGAGCGGCCAACAGCCAGAGAGAAACAAGAGGAAGAAGAAGAAGAAGGAUGAAGAAGACCUCUGGAUUUCUGCUCAGCCCAAGCUUCUCCAGAUGGAAAAGAGGCCAUCACUGCCUGUCUAG